UUAAUUCAAAGAAGAAGAAGAAGAAGCUGCAGAGGUUGGCCGUUGCUUCACUUGCUGUCAACAAGGAGGUGAAGCCGUGUCCCGGCUGACCAAGUGAGGAAUAUGCGCUCACUUGUCGGACUAAUCGCGGUGGUGACUGCAGCCAGCUUGUACCUGUAUUCCCUGUCGUUGUACCUGCCUGCGGCUCCGCUACGACGUCCUCAUCCGACUGCCGAGAGAAGUCAUGCGGAGACAGCGGAGUCCGAGCAGCCCGCUGACAGCUCCGAGGAACCCAGCAGGUUGAAGUUCCCCUCAGACUUGGAGGAGCUGAGGGAACUGGCUGAGCUCCUGCAGUUUUACAAGACGGAGCACACUGGAUAUGUUCUGCUGCUCUUCUGCAGUGCAUAUCUCUACAAGCAGUCCUUUGCCAUUCCUGGAUCCUCGUUCCUGAACAUUUUAGCAGGAGCUAUAUUUGGACCAUAUCAAGGACUGCUGCUGGCCUCUGCGCUCACCACUGUGGGCUCCACCAUGUGCUACCUGCUGUCCAAGGCCUUCGGAAAGCGCUACAUCAUUAACCUCUUCCCCGAUAAAGUCUCCAUGCUGCAGAGGAAGGUUGAGGAGAACCAGGACUGUUUGUUUUUCUUCCUGCUCUUCCUGAGAUUCUUUCCCAUGACUCCCAACUGGUUCCUGAACAUGGCUGCCCCUAUCGUCAACAUCCCCAUCACCUUCUUCUUCGGCUCAGUCUUCAUUGGCCUCCUGCCGUACAACUUCAUCUGUGUCCAGACGGGCGUCAUGCUGUCUGAGGUGGCGUCGUUGGAUGACUUGUUCUCCUGGGUGAGGCUACUGCAGCUGCUGGCCAUCGCCUGCAUGGCUCUGCUGCCCGGCGCACUUAUCCACCGAUACAGUCAGAAGCGUCUCAAGCUGGAUGUCCAACCACAGAACGGGCUCAUCUCAGAGAAGAAGGUCCAGUGAUUGGUUGUCUGGCGCUUUGAUGCCCUCUACCCUCGACAGUGAAUGUAUUUAAAGUGGUGGUUGGCCUACACAUACACGGCGAAAGGUUUCUUUUAUCUGGGGUGCUUUUAGGGAAAUAAGACUGGCGCAAUGAGUUUGAAGCCAAGUAUUUUGUGUAACCAAAUGUUGGUGUUUCUGUGCCACAACUUCUAAGGGCACAGCAUAUAUGUGUAUAUGGAUGUAUGAAUGUACAGUAAUCAUGUGGAGAAUUUGAAGGAGACUUUGCUCUUGCACUAUUGUUAGUGCAAGCUAAUAGCUAGUGUUUUAAGUGCCUGUCGUGCAGUGAUCGUUUCAAACUUCUACCUCCAACAUGGACUUAAUGUGACCGACUACUCAUGUUUAAUGUGGCUGGAUGGUUCAGAUGAUUGUUGUUUUAAGUUUGUUUGUAUUAUUUGAUUCGUAACUGAAAUAUGUAUGAUGUUUGCAGCAUAUUAUACAACUUGGAAGUUUGUAUUUUUCUUGUUUGACAAUCACAUUUUGCAAUUUCAGCACAAAUUGUAAUACAGUGUGUUGGACAAUUUUUACUCUUUUUAAACUCCAACCCCAAAGUUUUUCAAAUUGUGUAAUUUGGCCUCCGAGUCUUUUUGAGUAAACAACUGAAUUACAUCAUUAUUUUUUUUUAGACCAAAUGUCAUGAUACCUAACUAGCUGGAUUUCUUUAUGUGCAGUUAGUUCAGGCAGCGCUGCCUCUUUUCACUGUGUGUGUGUGUGUGUGUGUGUGUGUGUGGUACAGUACUGGUUAUAUUUUCAACUCAUUCAUCAUGUGGGUUAAGAUGUAAUGUCUUAUGUCAGAUUUCUGUAAAUUCAAAGGUGUAAAUAAUUUUGAGUGUAAUGCACAUUUAUAGCGUCUUACAUCACAAAUGACGCGCCAUCUUUUAUUUUAGA